CUUUCCACGGGUUUUUACAUUUGAUAGAAGUCAUAUUGUUUCACCUGUGUUCUAACUUCAGAAAAUUGGUUUUGCUGAUCUGAAGGUAUUCUGUAACAACGUGGGAAACAAAUCAGAGCCAGCCAUAUCUAAGUGUAAAGAGAGUGAGAACUGGACGAAGGUGACAUUUAAGCCCGACUUAGCAAAAUUUAACAUGACCCAUCUUGAGGACGAUGUGGUUGCGCUAUUGAAAAAUCGGGUGAUUGACAUGGCUGGCUGCCUUGGAAAGUCUGUAAAGGUUGAAUUAAAUGGAAUUAGGGUCCUUGUAAGAGCGUUUACUGACUAUGUGAAUCUAUAUUUGGAUUCUGCAGCUAAAUCCGAAGCCGAGAAACCUCCAAGCUAUCAUGUGAAAGUUAACGAUAGGUGGGAGGUAUGCGUGAGUCUUAGUGAUGGGCAGUUUCAACAGGUCAGCUUUGUGAACUCGAUUUCCACGAUCAAGGGCGGACCUCAUGUGGAUUAUGUCACUAGUCAAACUACAACCCAUGUGAUGAAUUUCGUAAAUAAAAAGAACAAGAGUGCCAAUUUCAAAGCGCAUAAUGUGAAAAAUUACUUGUGGGUUUUUGUCAAUGCUCUCAUUGACAACCCUGCUUUCGAUUCCCAGACCAAGGAAACUCUGACGCUUCGUCAAAGCAGUUUCGGGUCCAAGUGUGAGCUAUCACAGGAUUUUCUUACUAAAGUCACAAAAUCCGGAAUUGUGGAGAGUCUCCUGUCGUGGGCAAAUUUCAAGCAGAGCAAAUAUCUUAAGAAAAGUGAUGGAACAAAGUCACAGAAGAUUCAUGGAAUUGAAAAACUGGAUGACACUAACAAAGCUGGGGGUAAGGAAUCUAACAAAUGUACAUUGAUUUUGACCGAAGGAGAUUCGAUCGGCAAAGGCUCUUGCAUUGGCCAAGCCUGCUGCUGUGGGUUGAGAUUACUAUGGCGUGUUCCCCGUUGAGGGGUAAAUUGCUCAAUGUGAGGGAAGCCACCAAUAAACAGCUCACUGAGAAUAAAUAAAUCGGGUACAUCAAACAGAUUCUUGGACUUCAGCAGAAUAAAGAAUAUACCAGUAUCAAGUCCUUGAGAUUUGGUCACCUGAUGAUAAUGACUGAUCAGGAUCACGAUGUUUCACACAUUAAAGGGCUGUUGAUCAACUUCAUUCAUUCUUACUGGCCAUCACUGUUGAGAGUUCCAUCUUUCUUGAUUGAGUUUAUAACUCCUAUUGUGAAGGUUAGUAUUUUUAGUCAAUCAAUUCAAUUGCUUGCAGGCGUUUAGUAUUCAUUGAAAAUCUUUCUUGAGGGCAAAUGGACUGGUUAUAAUCUUUGAGGGCAACUCAUAAAAAGGGAACACAAUUAUCAUUUUACACCAUGCCUGGUAUGAGUCGUGGAAGGAAAGUUUGAGUGGCAAGGCAAGUGGCUGGUCUAUUAAGUAUUAUAAGGUGCUGGGAACAAGCACAUCAAAGGAAGGGAGGGAGUACUUUGCGAAUCUUGAUAAACAUAGGAAAGAUUUUAUAUGGGUAGAUCAGCAAGAUGGGGACGCCAUCGAGCUAGCAUUCAGUAAGAAUAAGAUAGAAGAGAGAAAGAAUUGGCUCAGGCGAUUUGAGCCUGGUACUCACCUUGACCAGACGGCCAAACUCAUAAAGUACAGUGACUUUGUCAACAAGGAGCUUAUAUUGUUUUCGAUGGCGGAUCUUCAAAGGCCUAUUCCUUCAAUGGUUGAUGGCCUGAAACCGGGGGCCAAAGGAAGAUUCUUUUCUGCUCUUUUAAGAGAAACUUUGUCAAGGAAGCAAAAGUCGCCUAGUUUUCUGGUUGUUUCUGAACAUUCAGCUUAUCAUGAUGGCGCGCAGAGCCUUGCAAGUACCAUCAUUGGAAUGGCACAAGAGUAUGUGGGCAGCAACAACAUUAAUCUUCUUCAACCGAAUGGCCAGUUUGGCACCCGUAAUUAUGGAGGGAAAGAUCAUGCAAUUGCUAGGUACAUAUAUACCUGACUUUCUCCCAUCACAAGGUUUCUAUUCCACAAGGAUGAUGAUGACCUUCUUGACUACUUGAAUGAAGAUGGGCAAUUGAUUGAACCAACUUGGUAUUAUUUUCACCUUUGUCCUUUCUAUCUGGUAGGAGAUUUUUUGCUUUUAUUUAUAUGAAGGCCUUCUUCAGAACAAGUAAAGCUUACGAAUUUUUGUCUAUUUUGUUGAAAAUUUAGACCUCCCAAAUUCACUCC